GGUCGACCCCGGUGUCUUUAUGAAACACAGGAUCCGUCCAUGAGCCUCCGAAAAGCAGCUGUCUGUCCCCCCGGUGAGAACCAACCUGCCCCGCGAGGACGUCUCUCCGCCGCGGCCCCGCUGCCCUGUGUGCCCGGGACCACCCUCCGGCUUCACGGUAGAGGUUGUGUGUUCGCUCCCCUCCGACAACACGGACCACGGGGGGACGAGCCAACGGUUAGCUGAGAGGGGAAGUGGGCUCCGCGCUCCCUUUCAUCGCGCAGAUGCUCCCAGCCGCCCAGCUUGACAAGAGUGAUGGGAUGUGUCAACUAGCAGAUGACGCAGUCCUGGACGAUGUAAUCGGACUGAAUACUUCAUCUGCAUUGUUAACACCAGAGCGUGAUCGAGGCGGGACAAAGAUAGAGGAGGACGACAACGACAUUGAAUACACAAGGAUGGGCGUGGGGAAAAACACCACCUCCAAGACGAUGGACAGCAGCAGUGAGGGAGGAAAAUAUGAAGAGGAGGGAAAACAUGGCGCUGAUUUCUACCCUAUUCCGGUGGUGGUCAACGGAGUUGGUGGUGCAAGUGGAGACCAGGAUACUGAGAAUACAGAGCUGAUGGCGAUAUACAGUAAAGAUAAUCAGGCCGCAGAAAAGAGCUCGAUGUCUGAGACGCUGGACAGCACAGACAGUAUUGACGCAAGGAGGAUGGAUAUGAUCUAUACCAUUGAAGACACCCCACCCUGGUACCUGUGUGUGUUCCUGGGCAUGCAGCACUACUUGACGUGUUUCAGUGGGACGAUCGCGGUGCCGUUCCUCCUUGCUGAGGCGAUGUGCGUUGGAUUCGAUCAGUGGGCCACCAGUCAGCUCAUAGGGACCAUCUUCUUCUGUGUGGGGAUCACCACCCUGCUACAGACCACACUGGGCUGCAGGUUGCCUUUGUUCCAAGCCAGCGCUUUUGCCUUCCUCGCACCAGCCAGAGCCAUCCUGUCGCUGGACAAGUGGAAGUGUAACAGUACAGAUGUUCCCGUGUUUAACAGCACAGAGCUCCUCAACACAGAGGAAAUCUGGCACCCCAGGAUACGAGAGAUCCAGGGGGCCAUCAUCGUGUCCUCCCUAAUUGAAGUGUGUAUUGGAGCACUGGGUCUUCCCGGGCUCCUGCUGAAGUACAUCGGACCCCUGACCAUCACCCCCACUGUGACCCUCAUCGGCCUGUCUGGUUUCCAGGCCGCAGGCGAGAGGGCUGGGAAACACUGGGGCGUUGCUAUGCUGACUAUCUUCUUGGUGCUGCUCUUCUCUCAAUAUGCCAGAAAUGUUCAGUUCCCUCUCCCAGUCUACAAAGCCAAGAAAGGCUGGACGUCCUAUAAACUUCAAGUCUUCAAAAUGUUUCCCAUCAUCAUGGCCAUUCUGGUGUCAUGGCUGUUGUGCUUCAUUUUCACCGUGACUGACGUUUUCCCGCCGGAGAAGGACAAGUACGGUUACUACGCCCGCACAGAUGCACGACAAGGAAUCAUCAAGGCCGCACCGUGGUUUAAGAUCCCAUAUCCCUUCCAGUGGGGUUUUCCAACUGUAACAGUGGCAGGGGUGAUCGGUAUGAUGAGCGCUGUGGUGGCCAGCAUCAUCGAGUCGAUUGGAGAUUACUAUGCCUGCGCUCGUCUCUCCUGCGCUCCUCCACCUCCCGUCCAUGCCAUCAACAGGGGGAUAUUCAUGGAGGGUAUUUCCUGUGUGCUCGAUGGGCUUUUUGGCACCGGAAAUGGUUCCACCUCCUCCAGUCCAAAUAUAGGUGUCCUGGGAAUCACAAAGGUGGGCAGCAGACGUGUGAUCCAGUACGGAGCUGCCAUGAUGUUGCUGCUGGGGAUGGUGGGUAAAUUCAGCGCCCUGUUCGCCUCUCUGCCUGACCCUGUCCUGGGAGCUCUGUUCUGCACCUUGUUCGGUAUGAUCACUGCAGUCGGACUCUCCAACCUGCAGUUUGUGGACCUCAACUCCUCCAGGAACCUCUUUGUCUUGGGCUUCUCCAUUUUCUUCGGUCUGAUGCUGCCGAGCUACCUUAAAAAGAACCCGCUGGUCACAGGCAUUGUUGAGGUUGACCAAGUGCUGAACGUGCUCCUCACAACGGCCAUGUUUGUUGGAGGCUCCGUUGCCUUCAUUUUGGACAACACUAUACCUGGUACCCUUGAUGAACGAGGCGUCAGGAAGCUGAAGCUUGGCUCUGGUCUCAGCACAGCAGAACUGGAAGGGAUGAGAUCUUAUGACCUGCCAUUUGGAAUGGACUUCAUUCGCAGACACCCCGUCUUCAAGUACAUCCCCAUCAGCCCUACAUUCACAGGCUACCAGUGGGGGAGGCUACAGGAAUCCUGCAGGAGCCGAAUGGGACAUGGAGAUGCGGUGAAGGGAGGAGGAAUGGGAGGGGAGGGAGGCACGGCACCAGGAGAGAGUCGGGUAUAGCCAACAGGCUUAUGGGAAGCAAGGGAUGGUACACUGGGAUAAACGGAUGAGAGAGUGGAGGACGGAAGCUGUGCAGGAUUUGGUGGAAGAAAAUGUGACGCACCAACCCUUCGUCAUUAUGUGUUUUCUUUAUCUUGUGUCUGUCUUUUUCUGCUUCCCACUCCGCUGUUUCUAAAGCUUGCUACAGCAAAUCACAGCAUGUUACAAGAUGUCAUCACCACACAGAGAUGAUUUGGUGUGUGUGCAUAUGUCCACAAUAUGCAGCAAGAGAUGGCGGCGCGUUAAUCCAGAACGAGAGCGAUGGCUGUCAAACAAUCAAAGCUGAAUGUUUGUGGAUUCACUGACUCGUUAUUACUGCUAACUACUACUGGCCAUGUCAGUUUCUGACACAUUAUUCUGCUGAGACGGUAGAUUUGAUUAUGUCAAUUGAGGAUUAUGCAAAAUUACUGUUACAAAUCAUUUGCCUCAAGACUCAUUAUGCAACAGCAUUAGAGGCAUGCACAUACACCAACAGCCUCACCAAAAACCAAGUGCAGCAAUGCACGUCGGGGGUCAUGCCAUGCAGACCGAGUGAAGUUUUUAGUCAGGUGCCCUUACUCAUGCAAAGUGAUUGUGAAAUUUUUGUUUUGCACUAUCUGCCUCCGGAGUUCAAAUGUAAAAUGUCACCCCACAGCUCGCGCCCCCAUUUCUUCAGUAAAACUCCUCAGAGACCCAUUGACCAGCUCAUCUCAUCUCAUGCUAAAGAAACUCACUUAUUAAAAAGAUAUUAGUGCAGAUAUUCACAAGAUCCACAAACCUUCCAGUUUACUGAGUCAGUAUUAUGCAUAAUUUAUUAACGAGACCGAAACACUUAGUUUACCUGAACAUACUGCGACUCAACAGACUCUCAAAUGGGAGUUUUUCUAUACUUCAGUUUGGAAGAAACAAAUUAUAUUUAUCUUAUAACCUUGAAUUUGCUUAUUUCAAAUCUCUGCACGCAAAUUUUGAAACAAGCUUUUUAUAAUGCCUGUGCAAAAGCCACAGUAACAGACACGUGGCCUCAAAAUUUAAUAUCUUCACUUCAGGCACGUGUCCUAUGUUUAACAGUAAAGUGUGUUAAUGUAGGAUUUGCAAAAACUGCACCAGAAAUAUUAACUCACUGCCACUAUCCACACCCAUGUGGUUUUUCCAUCAUUGCAUUCAGUGAGCCCUUACAUAAUCCUACUCAGAAGUUAGGGUGGUGAUUUUGAGUAUUUAAAUGUAAUAACAGAAGUUUGGAGAGUUGAUUUAUUUUGUUCUAAAUCCAGGCACACAUUGUGCAUUGUGUGUUUUUGACGCAGCCAAUCAUGACUGUUACUGAUGUCAUUAAUCAUUUAAAAAAUUUUUUUUUCAAUAGUAUACAUUCCUCCUCCUCUCAGGCUCCGUACCCCUCCCACUCUCAUCUCGCUUAAGUUAGUUCACUGCUGAUCUUCAAGUCUGCUGUAGUUCAGACUGUGAGAGCAUCAGCAGCCUGAACAUUAUCGACCCCAGGAGUGAAGAACAAGUCUAACUCGACUCGUAUGUGUGCCUCGGCUUCUUCAACACAAACAAUACCAUACAAGAAUUUGCAAGAUAAAAAUUUUAGUAAAUGCAGGAAUUUUAAAAAUGGCUGAAAAUCAUCUACUAAAUAUUAGUAGCCUAGUCUAAUUGAGAUUUGUACUAAACCAAAAUGCUAAAAACUCUUUAUUACCACUUCUUAUUGUUCUUAAACAAUAUACCAAAACAAAUGUUGCUUAAAAUCUCUUCCCAAAUUUCUCAGCUUUUCAUCUCGUCCGUCAAAGCUAUUUAUUUAUUUAUGAGAAAAAAGUGGAUGUUUAACGAUUGCUUGAAGCAGGUUUAUUUGCCUCUUGUACAAUGUUGAAAAUAUAUUUAUUAUUUUACUUCUUAAUGCCCUGUUUAAAAAAACAAGAAAAAAAAAAAAAAAGUAGGUUUGGUAAUGACGUACUGCUCCUCCCGACACCUUGGCUGCAGUCGGUGCUUUGAGAAACUCUCCUAAGGACAACCACCUUUCAUAAAGUUAGUCUCUACUGUAAAGUAAAAAAAGUACGCUGCUUCCAUUUCAUUCCAUUUAUAUCACAUUGUUGAUGUAAAGAGACGCAAAGCUUGCAAACUGGAUGGUUUAUUCAAAUUUCAGAGUCUGGGCCUUUUUACUACACGUACUGUUUGCACACUUAAUGGUGCCAAGAUGAUCGGGGUCAGAGUGACUCAUUCUCACUGACCUCAAACCCUGUUAUGUCUUUAUACACCUUCAUCAUCAGUGUGAACCUUUUUGUUUUUGGUUACCUAAGGACUUAGGGCCUUAGUCUCUGAUAGCAUUGUUAGCUUUAGCCACAUUUAAGACCCCAUCUCUCUCUGUUACACUCAGGAUUUGACCAUUUUUUGUGAUCUCACUAAUGUCUAGUGUCUGCCUGGAAUGAUAAAAUAGACAAAGACAACCCUGACUAAAUAUUAUUGUGAGCACAAUUUUCAGUUAUCCUUAUCAGAAUGCAGUUGCAAUGAAGUCAGAUGAAAAUGUUUACAGUGCUACUGCAGCUAAAAAUCCUAUUACGGUCACAGAUUAAAAUAGGAAUUUGUUUUAAUGUCGGUAUCACCACACGUGUUCUCAUUCUGGGUAGACCGACCUCAGUGAUGAUUCCAAAUCCCGGAGAAACAUAAAUGCUGAUGAAGUCUUAAAUCAGGCUUGGCUACUUCCUGACCAUCAAUGUGUGUGGAACCUGUAAAUCUAAAACCUCUGUGUAAAUGUCGGCUGGCAGCUGGACAGCUGUAGAUGAGACGUGGUAAAACGUUACCACAGCAGCAGGUGUAUUUAAAAUCCUUGCUCACGCUGUUUAACCUUGUUCCAGGGGCGAUGAGGAUCACAUAGAGGUCGGAGACACCACCUCCUGCACCUCCUCUCUCUGUGAGGGAGUAGAUGGGCGGUGGUCUGACGGCCCCAUUAUCAAUUCUCUUGUAGAUGAUAUGCAUACAUUAGCACAUGGACAACAUGUAACUUUGUUUCCUUGUCAUAUCAUGUUUGUGUAACCAGCACUUAUUUCUCUCACCAACAUCACACACACACACUUGUUUAAAGUCUCUAGUCCUGCAGUGAAAAUAUAUAGGUGACCUCAUGUUCAGUGUACCUGGUUUGUCCCUGGGAGUUCUUACUGUCGUUUCUGGAUGUAGGAGAAGACACCGGCUGGCCAUCUUAUUAAGAGCCUGUUGGUCAUUGGCAGCUGUGUGAACCUGCCUUAUUUCUCUAUACCAAGAUGAACAUUGGAUGAUUUUGUGCCUCAACACAACUUCCUCUUGAUUUAACCCUCCGGUUAUGUUACAUUCUGUCUUCUUUUUAAAAUGUUAUACACAAGCUUAUGUGUUUCUCACAGUCAUUACAGAAAUGGCUGUUACAUUACAAACACCUUGGAUUUCAUGUGGCCGGACACUACUCCUUGAUGCUUUUCAAGCUUUAGUUACAGAGAUGUCGGUUUAACCAACAGAUGGCUCUUGAGAAGGUGGUCAUCAGGUGUGUAACACAAAGACAUCAGUCCCUCUUAUUUUGAAGGGGAUGCUACAUGAAGUAUAUACUAUUUUGUCAAGUGUUUUCUCUUUUUCAAUGUUUUUCUUCUUUUAUACAUAAUUUUUAUGUUUUUACAUGUGAAUAUUUGUAAGAAACAAAUCAUAACUUUUAAUCUUGAAUCAUGCUGGAAAGCGCACCCUUUUGUUGUACUGUUUAUUUAAAGAGUAAAUUCGUUUUGAUCUUCUUUUAAAUCUGUGGUUCGGGGGAAUCGUUUAGUUUGUUUGUUAGGACCUUUUCAUAUUGUAUUUUUUUACUCUAACAUUGCUCUUUGUUCAUGUUAACACAUUACCAGUAUAUAUUAUAGACUGAGCUGACAAACUUUAAAUAGAUGUAAAAACAACAAAAAGAAAUGUAUAUUUAAUGGAGUAAAGUUUGCUAAACUAAAUUGUGUAAACUAAUUGUAGCAAGAAAAUGUUUUAUUCUUUGUUCCUAAAACUAUUUAAUAUGAUGUUACAGAAUGAA